AUGAUUUUGAAUAAAGUUUCUUUCCUCUCUCACUCACUCACUCUCCUACUCACUCACUCACCCACUCACUCUCAUACUCACUCACCCACUCACUCUCAUACUUGCUCACUCACCCAUUCACUCUCAUGCUCACUCACUCACCCACUCACUCUCAUACUCGCUCACUCACUCACCCACUCUCGUACUUGCUCGCUCACUCACCCACUCAUACUCACUCGCUCACUCAUCCACUCUCAUACUCACCCACUCACUCUCAUACACGCUCACUCACCCACUCACUCUCAUACUUGCUCACUCACCCACUCUCAUGCUCGCUCACUCACCCCACUCACUCUCAUACUCGCUCACUCACUCACCCACUCUCGUACUUGCUCACUCACUCACCCACUCAUACUCACUCGCUCACUCACUCAUCCACUCUCAUACUCGCUCGCUCACUCACCCACUCUCGUACUUGCUCACUCACCCACUCACUCUCACUCAUUAUAG